UUCAGCGUUCAGCAGCGUUAUCAAUACGGAAACCUGGACUGCUUCCUCAGAAAGGGCUCUCCAGCAGAGGGCACAGGGAAAUUUGAUGCAGCCCCUGCACGUCCACCCUGUCGGCGCACUGUAUCUGCUGUGCGAGUAACUCCUUUGAGGACCAUGAAGAGUUCCCCUGAUCUCAUGCCUACUGUGCUGGACCCUACCCGUGUUUGCAAGGGCAAGGGUGCUGUUACUUUGAGGGCCACACUAGUGCACAUCGAUGAUGAGGACGGCACAAGACAAGAGCUAUCCAAGAACGCUGCCAAAAAAUCCAAACUGUUUGGAAUUGUUACAGGUGCGGUCAAUGGAGAUGCCACAGAAACAAAUCUGGCUGAGAGAAGUGUAAACAACACCGGAGCUGAUUUAAAUUCAACUCAAGUCAAUGAGACACCAACAAAGGUGGACUCACCUGUAAGUGAGAGUCAGUCUCAGCUCACGUCCUGCCUUGAUCAGCCGAGUGCUAUUACCUCAUCAGCCAAAGUGUCCUCUUCAUAUCCCCCCACCAGUAGCGUCAACCCAACAAUCGUCUUGCUGCAGCACAGCAGAGAAGCUGUGGCGGAGCAGGGCAGUGGCCCUAAUCGGAGCCCUGCAGUCAGCCAGAACAAAUAUUCCUCUGAGACUCCAGCAGACAUGUUAGGAAAGAGAAUGAGACUGUCUGAACAUUCAGCUAUCCCAGCACCCAGAGUCCCAGUACGGAACACAGAGCUGUCAAAGGACUGGUACAGAAACAUGUUCAAGCAGAUUCACAAAGUCCCAGAGCCUGUCGAAGAAAAUCCAUAUCGUCCCACCUACAUAUUUCCAGAGAGCAAUGACAGGCCACUGAAAACCAGAGAUGACAGGCCAUCAUAUGGUGGUGAGGAUGUGCGGGCAGUCCCUCGCUCCAAGAGUGCUGUAGACAUGGGGAGCUCCAGAGGACAGCUGCCUGUGCCAACACGCACAUCGUCCCUAAUUCCUCAGAGGAAUGAGUGGGAGCCCCCUGACAAGAAAGUAGACACCAGGAAGUACCGCGCCGAGCCCAAGAGCAUAUUUGAGUACGAGCCAGGAAAGUCUUCAGUGCUGAAGCUGGAGAGACCGACUCAGGACAUAAGUCCAGAAGAUGUAGAUUUAGAGAAUGAGCCUUGGUAUAGGUACUUUUCUGAGAUGGAGUUUGGCAAAGCGCUGCAUCACACUAAGAGUGCCCCCUCUUUCAGCCCCUUGGAAACACCUUCCGACCUUCAGCAAUACUCAGCCUGUAAAGCAGGCAACGGUGAAGUGGAGAAGAAGGACAGUUUGUCUGCCAGUGGGCAGGCAGCUCCGGAAUGUGAUCGGCACAUUUACAAGAGUGUCCUGGAGGGCGGCGACAUCCCACUGCAGGGCCUGAGAGCGCUUAACAAGCGUCACCCCAGCACUUCUUCUAAAGUGGAUUAUAAAGGUGGGAAUGGCUGUAUGAUUUCACCCUGCUCUUCUGUAAAUACUCACUCAGUUCUUGCCACUAAUGCACUAGCUUCUCAAAAUAAGACUAAAAAGUCCUUGUCUGCUGCCAAAGCCUGCAUCCCUCAAAUCCUUCCCUCCAAGUUUAAACCCAAGCUAUCGGCCUCUACCGAUGAGAGCCUGGAAAGACGGACGGAGCCGACACAGCAGCGGCCUAAAGCACACAGCUGCGAGGAUCUGCAUCACGAGGCUUGUGGCUCACGCAAUGGAGAUACGACAGACGCCGAUCACAGGUUAAAUUCAGCUUGCAAGUGCCACGGUUCACCUGAGAGCAGGAACCUGCAUAAAAAUGGACCUGCUGUGGGAUCUGUGAGGAGCACGACCGAGUUCUCCACCCUCUAUCGGAACAUGCACAACAUUCAGAGGCCGAGCUCCCUGGGCUCCAGCCCCCACGGUAGUGUCCGCUGCCUGGCUUCCUUUUUUGAGAAGCCGGGGGACGACAUUACCCUGGAGAGGACUGAGAUCAUCCCCCGGGAUGCUGUCACGUUUCGGGUGAUGGAGUUUGAGCGUAUCAUUCAGCGUUCGAACUCUGCGCCCACUCGUUCUGCCUCGAUGCCCAUACUCCCUAGUAACCCAAGUCCUUCCCACAGCCCUGCGCCGGCCUGCUUCCUCCAGUCCACUCUGUCAGCUGAGACUCUAGUCCUGCCAGGGCCUGAGGACUGUCCAGCCAUGAAUACAGAGGCCCAGACCCCCAAAGAGGAAGCUUCUGUAUCGGACGAGUGCCCAAACACCUCAAGAACUGACUUCCCAUUGGAUCUAAAUGAGGUCAAAUUGGAAGAGAAAAACAGUUGCAUUCAUGAUCCUGCCAAAGAGACGCCAUCCGGCUGUACCUCAGAACCCACAGGUCACCAUCACCACGAUCACUUCCCCUUCCACACCAAACAAAGCAAGUGUAAAGGCACCUGCCCGGCUUCCUACACACGUUUCACCACAAUCCUCAGGCACGAGCGCCAACAGGCCAACACCCAGCAGGAGAAGACGUGCACUCCCCCCAGGAACUUGCUUCUAAUGGGACCAGCGCCUUUCUCCUUACGGAGGUCCCUACACAGUCAACAGGCCAAAAAGACUUGCGCUCUCUCUGCCAUGAAGCCCAUGACCGGAGAUGUCAUCUCGGCCAAGCUGAAGCCUUUGAUUCCCCAGCGCCUGUCCUCUUUGGAGGUGCUGGAGAGGCUCAGUAAUGGAGACAGCUCUCCCUGUGAGGGGUGCAACUCGGAUGACCUCAUGGAUGUGGAGGGCUCAGAAGCCAGUAAAGAUCACUCUGAAGAAUCCGAUUCCUCACAUCCAUUAAGCCAAGGAGAUCAUGGAGAAAACUCAGACGAGGCAGUCCGGAAACGCUACGGAGAUAAAGAGAAAAUUCUGGAAGAGCAGAGACGUUUAAAGCGAGAGCAGGAAGAGGCAGAUACAGCUGCUCGGAGACAUGCUGGGCUGGUUGUGACUCAUCAACAGUUCAUUACUAAUGACCGCUUCGGCGACCUGCUGGUUAUUAACGAGAAAGAGAAGAGAAAAACCAUAGAGAGGACUCCUGCUCUGGCUCGAUUUGACUUCAGAGCAGAAAGUUUAAAGGAACUACCAUUUCAAAAGGGAGAUAUUGUAUACAUCUACCGGCAGGUUGAUCAGAACUGGUUUGAGGGAGAGCAUCAUGGGAGAGUUGGGAUUUUCCCACGUAACUACAUUGAGAUCUUGCCCCCUACAGAAAAGGCUCAGCCCAAAAAGAGUGCUCCGGUCCAGGUGUUGGAAUAUGGAGAGGCUAUUGCUCGAUUCAAUUUCACUGGUGACACUGCUGUUGAAAUGUCUUUCAGAAAGGGGGAGCGUAUUAAACUGAUUCGCAGAGUAGAUGAGAACUGGUAUGAAGGCAAAAUUUCUGGCACUAACCGGCAGGGCAUCUUCCCCGUCACCUACAUAGAGGUGCACAAGAGACCCCGAGUGAAAAAUGGAGUGGACUACCCUGAUCCCCCUAUCAGCCAGUCACCUCACCGGAGCACUAAUGCCUCUCCACAGCCCAUUUGUAAUCGGCUCACCACCUCCCCUCUCCCUCUGCCGCGGUCUCCCCGCCGCUCGAUCUCCCCCGAAGUCCACGCCGUCUCCAACGAGUGGAUUUCGCUCACUGUGGGCGGAGUAAGCAGCAGCCCACCCGCCGCACCCCCUCUGCCAAGCGCUUCAUACCGCUUGGGCGAAUAUCUGCCCCCUUCCAUGUCAGCCAGUCCUGUGCCUCCCAUCAGCGGCAGCCUCUUCUGCGUCUCCCCGAUGGCUUCUCCCUCCACAUCUCCUUUACCCCCGCCCUAUCCGCCCCGCCCUUGCUCGGCCACCCCGUUCCUCACCUUCACUCCACCUCAAGGUGAGGACUUCCUCCUUUCUCCACCCUCUCCCCGCCUGUCCCGCAGCCUGAGUCCCUGUGGGGGUGCUGGGCUUGAGGGUUGGCUUACUGGGGGCAACAGGCUGGAUCAGGAGUUUCAGGAAGGGGAUGGGGCUGAAAUAGACAGGGCUGGCAGCCUCCGCAAGGCUCCUUACAGCAGGAACAAUAGUCCAGCAGAGCCAUUAAGAAAUUAUGUAGAAUAUUACGGGCGAUCUUCAAGAAGUCCUGUCAUGCUGUUUGACAUUCAAGACAACAACAUGAAUGCCAAUUCAUUCACGGAGGCAGUGUGUAAUGAGAUCAUGAAUAUUGCAGAGACCUCAGUGAGGUACUGCAGCACUUUGUCACGCCCUAUAGACUCCCCCCAUCGCCUCCUGCCUCCUCCCAGUAAACACUCUCUCAUCAUUUCCCAGCAACCCCUGUCCCAGAGCAGCAGUCCUGAGCCUGGACGCAUGAGCUGUGGGAUAUUUCAGGCUUUGUACAAUUACAUGCCUCAGAAUGAUGAUGAGUUGGAGCUGCAGGAAGGAGACCUGGUCAGUGUCAUGGAGAAAUGUGAUGAUGGCUGGUUUGUGGGUACAUCCAAGAGGACAAAACAGUUCGGCACUUUCCCAGGAAAUUAUGUGAAAGCUGUUAAUUUGUGACAUGAUACUUUUGAAGAAAUUAUGGUUUGUAUGAAGAGAUUCUAACACUAUGCUUAAGCAGCCUGAUCUGUUUGGGACACUCUACCAGUUGACGUCAAAUGAAGACUAUUUCUCCCCUCCAAAAUUUGGUCUUUCCCAGAUGAAUGUCCAGGUAUGUGAUCAGUAAGGUGUGCGGCAUGUCAGAGAAGAACAAGCAGUUCAACAGUGCUACAGUGGCAGCAUUUGUUGAAGGAUUUAGAAGAAUACAUUGUUUUAGCUUUUUGAAAAUGUUCAGACUCCACUAAAAGCCAUUAAUAUGAAGUAUAUCAGACUUGGAAAAGGUGUUUAAGUUUACAGCUACGAACUGUACAACUUCAUCGCAUACCUGACAUUACUGAAAAACAUGAAAUUCUACUAUUUAUUUUUGCUAUAAAGUUUGAUGGACUUUGAGUGUUGACUGUUAGAGAUGGCAGUGUAUUGAAAGCACCUGAAGGUGUCUGUAUUAAGGGUUACAGGUCAGAGAAGCUGUGGAUCAAAGGAUCAGAAGUUCGGUUUAGCCAUUUUGAAAAGUGUUUAAAUUUCAAUUUACACUCCCAUUGUGUAAAAAAUGCAUAUUUAUGGAGCUUUUUUUUAUCGUACUUUCAUAAAGAGUAUGUCAAUUUCUAUUCCGAUGAGGGCUCAAAGUUUGAGACAAAAACAUUAGUAUUUGCGAAUCCAAGCAAAGCUAUUUGUAGACAUCAAAAUGAUGUAAAUCAGUUUUGGUCAUGUUAAGGAGGAUAACGUCACAGCACUUACUGUACUCUCAGAUUAUACUGACAUACAAAUUUAUUGCAACACUUUACAGUAAGGUCUAAUUUGUUAACAUGUGUUAAUUGGAUGAGACAUUAAACCGAGGUCCUGACUUUGUGUGGGUGUAAAAAUCCUAGGAUGUCCCUCGAAAAGAGUAACUUGGUGCUCUGAGUGUAGAGAAAAGCGCUAUAUAAAUGUGACAAAUUAUUAUUAUUAUUUAUUUUAAUGCAUUAACAUGA